ACGUAAACUGCAAGCCACCAAGAAUGUUACAAGUACAGCCAGCCCAUCGCUCCCGCUGAAUAUAUUAUGCUGGGAACAUCGUAGAAACUAAUCUACGUUCUUACCACUACCAACUGUAGCUCAUCAGUACGAAUGAAAUACGCUUAGCCUGCAGUAAAGUUAACUGCAUUUUCGUGCAAAAAUGGUCUUGGACACGAGUCAUUUGAACUGUUCAGAUCUCUUCCAACUCAACCUGACUGAUGAUGUCAAGCGGGCAUCAACUUACCUGGUUAACCCAGGAUCUCGAGCGAUCGCCCUGGGUAUCCAGAUCCUAGCCCUGGUCAUCGGUGUGCCUGGGAAUGUGUCCUUCCUUGUGUCUGUAGCCCGGGUGGCUUACAUGAAGACCAUCACCAACAUCUUCUUGAUCAACUUGGCCGUUGCCGAUAUCCUCUUUCUAGUCUUCACUAUAUUCAGUUACCUGAUGUAUCUGCCGGCUCCCGUUCGCAGUCACAUUCACUCGUUGCUUAACCUCAGCUGCCCUGUGUCGUUCGGCAUUCCAUUCCUAACCUACUUUGCAUCCGUCGCCACUAUCUGUUUACUCUCUGCUGAGCGCUACAACGCCAUUUGCCGCCCGCUGAAACACCUGGCUGUCAACAGCAAGCGACGGGCGGUCAAGCUCAUCUUGGGCACCUGGUGCGUGGGCCUGGCCUUUACAUCCCUGGCCGUCUUGCAGUACGCCGACCCGGUCCGCAUCUGUGUCACCUGGCCGAGCGGUAACGGCACCGAGAAAUUCGCCGAUCUCCCCGACAUCAUCGGCUUCUGCCUGCCGCUGGCACCGUGGGCCUUGGUGGUCGGCAACCUGGCCUCAUCCAUACCGUUCAUGAUUGCGCUGCUAGGCAAUGCGGUUAUGUACGUCCAGAUCAUCCGCACUCUAGGCAAACGCCACAUUACCGAGACUAAUGGCCAGGAAGACAUGGCGCACAGAGCUCGUCGGGUCCGCAACCAAGUCGCUCGUAUGCUUGUCACAAAUGGUACGGUCUUCUUCAUCUGCCAGGUCCCAUAUGCCUGCAUCAAUUUCGUCUACAUUGCCGGCUAUUUCAGAGGACUGGAAUUCUUGGAAGUCAAUGAUCUUCAGAACAGUAUGAGGGUUUUCAGUCAUAGCCUUCUGUUCCUGAACUCGGCUAUCAAUCCCAUUAUUUAUUACGCCAUGUGCCCCACGUACCGUAGGGCAGUACGCGUAGCCUUCCGCAGCAGUACGCACUCCUCAGUCGUAUAAAAGGUGGCGAUACACCAGUUGCUCUGAUAAUUCAAGCGCGACAUUUGAUAAACCCAAUGUAGCAGCUGUCUCUCUGCCCAUCUGUCUCUGCAUCUGCACUACUUCAUCGGCCACAGCUACCGUUUUGUUAGGUUUAUUUUAUAAUUGUAACAUCGGUGGCAGCAAUGUUAACCUGUAGAAGCCACUGCAGUGUCAUUCAGUGAACUGGUUUCCUGUGGUUUGUGUCGUCUUCAAAGAUCAUUUUGCGGUGCGCUGUCCCUGCCGUUCCUGUCAUCUAUCCUGCGUCCACACUACCUUAUCAGCCACGGCCACCGUAACAUUAUCUGUUAUUUAUUAUUAGUGUUAUAAUAAGAGAGCGCAGCGAUUCAGAUAAUUCCCGCGGCUAGUAAUUUUCUGCCGAGGCUUAGUUUGUGUAAACUAAUUACUGCCUCCAUGGCAUGAUCCGACAUAGCCGCACUGUCGAUUUGGGUCCAUGACACAAGUCAUCCAAACAAGGUGAAAAUUGUCCCGGCAUGCUCAGUUUAUGUCGGGGCAAAUGGAACGGUUAUAAACCCAUAAAGUCCCAUUAAAGGGAACAGUAGAUCUAAUCCAGUAGCACUAUAAAUCUAAUUUGGGAAAUUGGGUAAAGCAAGUUGGUUGGGAACCUCACCAGACGAUUGAGGGGAGGCACAGAGGCCAACUAUUUUUGUGAGUUCUUUGAGUAUUAUAAUCCGUGCACAUGGGGGUUAGCAUAGCUGUCAUCUUUAUGGGCUAGUGCUUUUAAAUUUGUUCCUCAGGAUAUGCCCAAAAGAGGUUUCCCUGUGGAACACAAGAACUGACCUGCAAGAUGGCUGCCGUGCAAAGGCUCUAUAGCCUAGGCGAAGGCUGUCUUUUUGUUCCCGCUGCCGUGAAACUUCCCUUGUUGUGUGCCAACUGCAUAGUUCAGGCAGCUCAGGUGUAGGUGACCAAAGGUGUGGGUGAAGUACAUAAUCCUAGAAUCUAAACGAAUAAUGUGUUUUUCGUAGAUACUUCAUGCUUCAUGUUGCAAUGUGUAUGAUUCUGCAACUAUCAAUCUGGAUCAAUCUAAAGUAAAAUAAUAAAUCAAGGUCCAAUAUAAUAAUACAGAACAGGAAAUAAUGAUUAGCAGCUUAACAUGUUAUACGUAAACAUUAGCAGGGAACCAGUUGCAAAAAAAAUUAAAUAAUACGCUUGCAUGAUUUUGAUUGCUAACUUGCUUGGUUUGGGCCAAGUACAUAUUUUCUUUUUUUGGCCAAUUUUCUGCUUUGCAGCUCUAUCAAAUUGGAUCCUGGUUUCUUGGAAGGUUACAAAUAUUGGAUAACAGGGAAGAAUGACGAAAAGGGAAUACAGUCAGCUCGUUUGCAGAGCUCUUGAGACAUUAAUAAUAGUAAUGCGCUUGACUUUUGCUUGAAUUUGCGUCAACCGUAAAUUUUAAUGACUGGAUUGCAAUUGAUUCUGUAUAAAAUGUAAAGCUCUCUUACUGUACGAUAAACGUUAUAGGUGAAAAAUUUUUGAGUUAUUGCUAAAUAUUUACUAUUGCUCUGGAUUGUUUGUUUUUUCGCCAUGCUGAGAGCUAUAUGAGUGUUUUGUACUGCUGGUUAACCAAUGUAAAUCAAGUUGUGGUUGACUUUUGCGUCAAAGUAGGGGAAAGAGGCAUCUGACCAGUUUGAAGUGGUAUUUGUCAAAACUUUUCCUUUUAUUCCGAGAAAUGCCCGUGUUCCUUGAAUUCGAAGCCUUAUUAGAGAUGAUCUUUGUAUACA